GUGCAGCCGCAGCAGCAAGCCAAGCAAGGGGGUGGAGCAGAGAGCAGAGCACAGCGUUUGGAGUGAGAUAAUGAGCAGCAACAUGGUGUCCACCAUUUCUGCGUCACCAUCUGCAGCCACUGCCGCUGGUGCUCGUCAUCACCAUGGCGCAGUGAAGCAGCUAAGGAUAAAGGCAGUGCAACCACAGCAGCAGCAGCUGCACGGUGGCUGCCGUCAAGGCAGAGGCGAUGGCAGGGGCAGCGCGGUGGUGGCGAGGGCCGGGCCCGGGCCGCUGACGGAGAUAGAGCCGGACCUGCAUGAGGACCCCAUCGACCGGUGGCGCACCAACGGCGUCAGCCCGGAGGACUUUGAGUAUGGAGUGUACGAUGGACACCACACCUACAAUGAAGGCCAAGACAAGAAGGGCUUCUGGGAGGACGUCUCCGAAUGGUACCAAGAAGCUGAGCCUCCUCAGGGCUUCCAAGCACUCAUCUCCUGGGCAUUUCCUCCUGCAAUCAUCCUUGGCAUGGCUUUCAAUGUACCGGGGGAGUACCUCUACAUUGGGGCAGCUCUGUUCAUCGUUGUGUUCUGCAUCAUCGAGAUGGACAAGCCGGACAAGCCCCACAACUUUGAGCCGGAGAUCUACAUGAUGGAGAGAUCGGCUCGCGACAAGCUCAUCGCCGACUACAACUCCAUGGACAUCUGGGACUUCAACGAGAAGUACGGCGAGCUCUGGGACUUCACCGUCAACAACAGGGAAGAUAUUAUGAAAUCAUAGAUGGCCAUUCAGAAAUGGGGGUGACAUUGGCUAGGUGCAGUUGCAUAUCAGUUCAGAUGGUAUCUAUGGCACAAACCUCUCCAGAGAAAAAGAAGAAAGCAUGGCAUAGCUGCUACGAAAAGCUCUUGAACUAAAGGAGUUGGAACGAGAUGAAUAACAAUGUAUGUAUCUUCCAUGCCUAAGGUUCUCAGCCUUGUAAAAAUGGAGAUCCUAAAAAUCUGUUUUAUCCUCAUAUAAUUCAUUGUCAGGCUUCUCACAGAA